AUGGAGGAGUACGAGAAGAUCAGGGUGGUGGGUCGGGGUGCGCACGGGGUCUGCUGGCUGUGCCGUCGCAGAGACGAUGUGUACAGGCAAAAAGUGAUCAUCAAAACGGUAUCGCUGGAAGGACUGAGUGUCGAGGAGCAGAAUGCCAUCACUGAAAACGCAUUUUCAAUAGUGAUGCAGUAUGCUGAAGGCGGUACAAUGGAUAGGAUGAUUUCCGAGCGCAAAGGCGUCAAAUUCAACGAAAGUACUGUACUUAAUUACUUUACUCAGGUAGCAAUUGGGCUGGAAUACAUGCACUCCAAACAGAUACUUCAUCGCGAUUUGAAAACGCAAAAUAUUUUGUUGAAUAAAAAACGGACAAUCGUGAAAUUAAGUGACUUCGGAAUCAGUAAAGAAUUGACCACAAGGAGUUUGGCAUCAACGGUGGUUGGAACGCCAAAUUACCUCUCUCCAGAAAUUUGCGAAGGCAGAGCAUACAAUCAGAAGAGUGAUUUAUGGGCCCUAGGCUGUGUAUUAUAUGAACUUGCGGAACUUAGGCGGGCCUUUGACGGUGAAAAUCUACCAUCAAUUGUCAUGAAAAUUACGAAAGGUAAAUAUAAUCCAGUCAGUGAACACUGGAGCAGUGAGCUGAAGCAGUUAAUAAGCGCUAUACUAGAUAGAUUCUGA